GGGGAGGAGGGCUUUUUGGAGAAGAAGUUUGUGUAACAGAGAAACUGCGGCAUUUUGUAGGUUUUUUUCUUCUUCUUCCAUGAAGUUCUUCAACACGUUGAAACGCUGAAUCGGAUCAAGGAAGACCUGCUUUGACUUAAAAAAAAAACAAAAAAACAGCUUAUUAUGGAAAUCCCUGCCAUAAAUCUAAAGGCCAUAGUACUGGUGCACUGGCUGCUUACAGUAUGGGGAUGCAUGGCCUGGCUGCCCCAGUCCUUUGCAUGGGGGAACUUCAGUGUUUUAGCAAUCGGAGUCUGGGCAAUUGCACAGAGGGACUCGAUCGAUGCUGUGCUCAUGUUUCUGAUGGGGAUGAUUGUGACCAUACUGACCGACAUCAUCCAUAUUGGGAUCUUUUACCCGUCAAAUGACUUGGCAGCAGAAAGAGCACGAGAUGUGCUUCGCUUCAGCACGGGAAUGGCCAUCCUCAACCUGCUGCUCAAACCUGCAUCCUGCUUCUUUGUCUACCAAAUGUACCGCGAACGGGGAGGAGAUUACAAUGUCAACUUUGACUUAGAGACCUCUGUGGACAGUCGAUGCACUACGGACAGUGCUGACAGUGCCUUUAUUGGCCGCCGAUAUUGAUUCCCAGCUUCUUCCUUUCUACCAUUUCUCUCCUCCAGUCAUCCUCUUCCAUCCCCUUCCAUGCAGGAAGUAAGAUUUCAAAUCAGACUGCAGGACAAACAACACAAAUAGACUUUUUUUCUUCUUCUUCUUUUUCUUUUCCAGUUAUUAUCUUGUUAACUGUUCUAUUGCCUAUCUCUUUGUAAUCAUUUAUCUGCCUGUUCCCAUCUUCACCUGUUCCCCAUGACCUUCCUCUACCUGCUUUUUUCAGCACAGUGUGUUUGUAUACAUGUCUAUUGUUUUAUAUGUGUUUAUAUGUUUUUGAAAGUUUUGCAUCUACUGUAUGUUUUAUUCAGAUUUUAGUCUCCAGGCACCUCAUUUGUGUUUGUGGGUUCUGUUUGCAUAUAUUUAAAGCAUUGCUGCAUGAUGGUGCACAUUCUAAAAUGAGCCCAAUUAAAGUCAGCAUAAUGUUGACUCAUAAUAGACAAUAAAUGUGACCUGGUUGUGUGCACACACUUUGGUUUGUUGAGCUUGACAUGAUGCCGUCCUUUGGUUGUAUAGAUUCAUCAAAGUUAUGUGAGUAAAAUUAUAUCAAUGCAACUUUUUUUUUUCUUUGCAAUAAAAGUAAAUGGCUUGUUUGGUUAGCGUAUAUAUUUGUCACAGUAACAGCACUCUGGGCCAUGCAGAGGUAUGCAGGCCUUUGAACUUCCAAAAUCACAUCAUUGCUAUUCUGGCCAUUUCAGAGUCGGGGCAUUUUGUUGUUAGAGCAUUACACAAAGUCCUAUAAGGUGUUUCAGAGGAUUUUGCCCGCAUAUAAUUAAUUGUAAAACAUGUUUACAUGACAUAAUAUACACCCAGGAACUCGUAUGCACCAGUUUUCAGAGCGAAAGAGAGUUUUCUCAUACUCUGAUCUCAGAUCAUAGAUGGCUCCUGUCGUCAAACUGUCCUCAAAACAGCCACAAUACAAGGAGCUAAUCAGACAGUAGUGGGUCUAAUAAGCACGAGUGAUGAAAUGGGUGGAAGUUCUGCACCACUCAAAGGAGAAUUUUAUAAAAAGAAUUGUCAAUUUUCUCAAUCUAGCAUUCAUCAGAGGCACUACAUGUGUGUUGCUGUAUGUUGGCAAAAACAGUUUCCAACAGUAUAAUCCAUAUUUAUCCAGAGGCAGCCAGAUGCUCGAGUCAAGAUAACAAAUCUGUCCAACUGUGUCAUGAAUGUGUGCGAGGAGUGUGAAGAAAAAAAAAAAAAAA